AUGGGUUUUACCAGGACACUUAGCUUUCUUGUGUUUCUACUGUGCGUUCUCAUCUCUCUGAAGAACCAAAAUGUCGAAACCGAUAAGGGUUCACAAGCCGGGUUUUUGCUGCUCCAUCACAAUCUUGGCCGUUGUUCUUGUCAACCAAGUUGGAGAAGAAGAUCGAAGAAGCUGAUGAUCCCAGAUCUCGGAGAUACGAUCACUAGAAUGAAUCGUGCCCACAAGCAGAGCAAACCAUCAGAUCAACGUUCUGAACUCCUUGUCCUUGUGGAUUGGAAUUUCGGUUUUGGUUGUGAUCCUUCAGUUUUAUUGGAUGCCACUGAUGGAAUUGACAGUGAGAACGAGUCUCCUCCGAAGGAAUCCUUAAAGGGUUUUGUCGAUCUGAUUGAUGUCAUCAAGUCGGAGCUUGAAGAAGCACACCCCGGUGUAGUUUCUUGUGCUCAUGUUGUUGUUUUUGCUGCUAGAGAAAGUGUUCUUCUGCUCUAUAACUUUGUCGGGACUGAUGAGCCUGACCCACCUAAGGAUACUGAGUUCCUGAACCUCGUGAGAUCAAGAUGCAACAACCAUGUCUCAUUAUCACCAUUAUCAUCGUCGUCAACAACACCAUCACCAGCUAUCGAUAGUUGA